AUGCCAGCUUCCAUCAAAGACCAAGCCGCUUUCGAAAAUGCCAUAAAAUCCCCUGAAGUUUCAGUCAUUCAUUUCCAAGCAGACUGGGCUGACCAAUGCGCUCAAGUUAACGAAGUCCUCGAUGCUUUAUCCAAACAACCAGAUUAUGCCAAAAUUCACUUCUACACUUGCCCAGCUGAAGAAUUGAGCGAAAUAUCAUUGAAAUACAACAUUGAAGCCGUUCCAACUGUCCUCUUUUUUCAAUCCAAUCGAAACAUAGAUAAAGUAGACGGGGCGGAUGCCACUAAAAUUACUGAAAAAGUUAAAUUGUACAGUAACAAUGCAACUGUAAGCCUCGAGGACAGGCUGAAGGCUCUUAUUAAUAAAUCCAAAGUAAUGCUGUUUAUGAAGGGGGAUAGAGUUACGCCUAGAUGUGGAUUUAGUAGGACUAUUAUUGAAAUUUUAAAUAAUGCAGGGUAA